GAGCAUUCAGGGUGAGGGGCCCGGGCGCCGUGGGAGGAGAAGGGGAGGAAUGGCUGGUAUCGGCGUCAGUGAGGUGGCAGCUCUGGCAAGACUGGGGUGGCCGCCCCUGCCAUCUGCUCCCAGCUGCUGCAAGGGGCAGGGAUGUUGGGGGAAGCAGGGUGCAGACCAGGCUACUACUUGGUGCCUCUCUAGCCUCUUGAGUGGCUGUCCAGCUUGGGGAAAGGAUCCCUUGGAGCAGAGUCUGCAUCCAGUUUCUGUGUCUGGGACCAUGUGUGUGGCCACAUGCCUGUUGUCCUAGGUCUCCAUAUUCCUGUACCACCUCUGUGUGUGUGUGUGCAUGAGGUUGUGUGGGGCUACACCCAUAUGCCUGCUUGGACUGCUGGGCCCUCUGGCAGUGGCUGUGGGUGCGCACUCGGGGCUUUGCAAGCUGGCGCUCUCUUGUCUGAUCCAGGCCCACGUUCCUUCCCAGACUCCCUCUUGCUGCCCCCAUUUCUGCCUAGGUCAUCAGUACUUUGGGGGAGGGAAUGCCAGGCGGUUCAGGUGGAAGGGGCCCUUCUCUGGUUCCCCUGCUGGGUUCAGCCCUGCCACAGGCCAGGGGUGUCCAGUGCCGCCCAGUGCCUGACCUCUCACCUCCUGCUGGGUCCGGAUGCCUCCUGUCUUCUCCCUGACUCUCCCAGUCUGCCACCUGAGUGGAACAAGAAGCUAUCCCCUGUGUCUCACAAAUGGGGAGGGGGGGAAGGAAGGAAAGCACCAUUUAUGGAGCAUCUGUGGGCCCAUUGCCGUGCUGGGUGCCUGACAUCCCAUUCCUCAUGCAACAGGAGCUCUGAAGAUAGCUCCCUCUGCAAACUGAUUAAGGGCAGGGGGGGUUGGGAGCCAAUGGCAGGCAGAGAAAUCCCCUGCUACUUGGUGCCUUCCUCAUUACACCUUCCUUUGCUCUGACCACUGGGAUUCCCUGUGCCAGGCUCAAGGCGUUACUGCAGCCAGGCUGUGCACAUGCUAACUGCGUUAGCUGGCAGUGCCAGCAAUGAGCAGUUACACGGAGGGAGAAGGUUCCCAGCCACGACAGGGGCCCCCACAUGGCAGCCCUGCCCUAGGAGAAUGACAUCCCACUUGGACAUCACCCUGGUUUCCUUCGCUCGGUCAGUGCCUGCUCCAGCCCAGAGGUGGCAGGCUGUGAUUCAGAGUGGAAGCCUCUGUCUGCCAGGUUUCAGGGCUGGGGAUGCCUUGAGCUAGAGCCUCCUCCCUGAAUGCUGGGCAAGGAGCAGGUCAGGCCUCUGUGCCCGCCCCAAUGCCUGGCCUGUGCUCUCCAAGGAGCCAUGCUGUGACAGUGGUCAGGGGAGGAGCUACUCUGCCCCUGUUCUUGUGAUCCUGGGACUCAACCCUGUGUGGGACCCACACCAACUAAGAGCUCUUUAACCCCUUCUGUGCUUGCCUUGGCCUGAAUGUGGGGCAGAAGGCUGGAGGGGUGGGCAGAGACCCUAUUUCCUCCUCUCCCACCCCCAGGUCUCAGGAGGACUCUGGGCAGCCUGCUGGCUGCUCCCCUGCCACUGACUGAAUCAUUUCUGUAUUUGGCCAGCAAGCCAUGUGGUUGGGGGAAACACUCCACUGCGGCUGCACUUCUGACAGCUGGGGGUGGGGGGACCUGGAGGCCGAGGCUGCAGCCGUGGGCCUCUGCAUUCCUUGGGAGAACUAAGGAAGGCACCUUCUGCGAAGGGGCAUGCGCCAACACUGCCCUCUCCUUCCCACACUCUGGUCCGGGUUCCUGCCUCCUCUCCCCACACCCCUCCCCUGGAUGCCCUUCUCCACUCAGCUGGGCCUCACAGCAGUCUCUUCUCCCACAGACCACUGCCCUCCGGAAACAAUGGGUGUCGCUGGACCCGGCUGGGAUUCUGCCAGGUUCCAUUGCUCAGUCUAAACAAAGGGCCCUUUUCCAGCCCUGCUCUCCCUGCCUGUCAUGGCCACACUCGGCUGCUGUCCGCUUGUCCGGGGACAUAGGACACCCAGCCCCAGACCUGGGAGUUUAAGCCAGGCCCUCUGUCUCCAUUCCACAGGGGCACUCCAGGCACCAGGCCCCUUUCAGAGCAAGAGCAACUGAUGCCAUGGGAGAAGCCCCUGCCCACCUGUCCACUCACCUUGCACUGCUCACUCUGAGACCCAUGCACUGGGUCCCUCUGGAGGUGCCAACCCUGUGAGCCCCUCCCCUGUCCCUAGACGCUGAGAAGGCCCUGCCCACCCUCACCAUGUGUGAGGUGAUGCCCACAAUCAGCAAGGGGGACUCCCUGGGGCCUCCCCAUGGCGCCGAUGCUGACGCCAACUUUGAGCAGCUGAUGGUGAACAUGCUGGAUGAGCGGGAGAAGUUGCUGGAGUCCCUUUGGGAGAGUCAGGAGACCUUGGUGGCCACGCAGAGCCAGCUCCAGGACGCCCUGCAUGAGCGGGACCAGCUCCAGCGCCACCUUAACUCUGCACUCCCCCAGGAAUUUGCCACCUUAACCCUGGAGUUGAGCAUGUGCCGGGAGCAGCUUCUAGAGCGGGAGGAAGAGAUAUCAGAGCUGAAGGCAGAGCAGAAUAACACAAGGUUGCUUCUGGAACAUCUGGAGUGCCUGGUGUCCCGCCAUGAGCGGUCACUGCGAAUGACUGUGGUGAAGCGCCAGGCUCAGUCACCUUUAGGGGUCUCCAGUGAGGUGGAGGUACUGAAGGCCCUCAAGUCGCUGUUUGAGCACCACAAGGCCCUGGAUGAGAAGGUGCGAGAGCGGCUCCGGGCAGCCCUGGAACGAGUUACCACCUUGGAAGAGCAGCUGGCAGGUGCCCAUCAACAGGUGUCUGCCCUGAAGCAGGGGGCAGGGGUUCGGGAUGGGGUGGCAGAAGAGGAGGAGACUUUGGAGCUGGGACCGAAACGCCUGUGGAAGGAGGACAUGGGCCGGGUAGAGGAGCUGCAGGAGAUCCUGGAGAAGCAGAACUUUGAGUUGAGCCAGGCCCAGGAGCAACUGGUCACCCUGACAGCAGCUGUGGCUGAACUUGAGGAGGACCUGGGCACAGCCCGCCGGGACCUCAUCAGGUCGGAGGAGCUGAGCAGCAAGCAUCAGCGGGAGCUCCGGGAGGCUCUGGCCCAGAAGGAGGACAUGGAGGAGCGAAUCACCACACUGGAGAAGCGCUACCUGGCUGCUCAGCGUGAGGCCACAUCCAUCCAUGACCUCAAUGACAAACUGCAGAAUGAGCUGGCCAAUAAGGAGUCCCUGCACCGCCAGUGUGAGGAGAAGGCCCGACACCUCCAGGAGCUGCUGGAGGUGGCAGAGCAGAAGCUGCGGCAGAUGAUGCGCAAGGCCGAGAUGCUGCCAGAGGUGGAGGCUGAGCUGGCCCAGAGGAUUGUAGCCCUUACCAAGGCUGAAGAACGGCAUGGCAAUAUUGAGCACCUGCGGCAGCUGGAGGGCCAGCUGGAGGAGAAGAACCAGGAGCUGGCAAGGGUGCGCCAGCGGGAGAAGAUGAACGAGGACCACAACAAGCGGCUUUCCGACACCGUGGACCGGCUGCUGAGCGAGUCCACCGAGCGCCUGCAGCUCCACCUCCAGGAGCGCAUGGCGGCCCUGGAGGAGAAGAACACGCUGAUCCAGGAGCUGGAGAGCUCCCAGCGGCAGAUCGAGGAGCAGCACCAUCACAAGGGCCACCUAUCCGAAGAGAUUGAGAAGCUGCGCCAAGAGGUGGACCAGCUGAAGGGUCGAGGGGGGCCGUUUGUGGAUGGCAUCCACUCCAGGUCGCACAUGGGCAGUGCAGCUGACGAGCACUUCUCCCUGAACACAGCCACCCACGCGCCCCCAGGUCUGCAUCGGGGCUACUCAGCACUUCGGGAAGAGUCUGCCAAGGACUGGGAGCCAUCUCCACUGCCUGGGGUGGUGGCCCCCAAGGCUGCCCCUGCCUUUGACAGUGACCCCGAGAUUUCUGACAUGGAUGAGGAUGAGCCAGGGGAUCUGGUGGGCUCCAUGGGUGUUGUCUCCCCCAGCGGCCACUCCGAUGCCCAGACCCUGGCCAUGAUGCUGCAGGAGCAGCUGGAUGCGAUCAACGAGGAGAUCAGGAUGAUCCAGGAGGAGAAGGAGUCCACAGAGCUUCGAGCUGAGGAAAUUGAGAUGCGAGUGACCAGCGGCAGCAUGGAGGCCCUGAACCUAACCCAGCUGCGCAAACGUGGCUCCAUCCCCACCUCUCUGACGGCCCUGUCCCUGGCCAGCGCGUCCCCUCUGCUCAGCGGCCGCUCCACACCUAAGCUUACCUCCCGCAGUGCUGCCCAGGACCUGGACCGAAUGGGGGUCAUGACCCUGCCCAGUGACUUAAGAAAGAAUAGGAGGAAGCUGCUGUCGCCAGUGUCUCGGGAAGAGAACCGAGAGGAUAAAGCCACCAUAAAAUGUGAGACUUCUCCUCCUUCCUCACCCAGGAUGCUGCGGCUGGAGAAGCUUGGCCACCCAGCCCUGAGCCAGGAAGAAGGCAAGAGUGCUUUGGAGGAUCAGGGCAGCAACCCCAGCAGCAGCAACAGCAGCCAGGACUCCUUGCACAAGGGCGCCAAGCGCAAGGGUAUCAAGUCGUCCACCGGUCGCCUGUUCAGGAAGAAGGAGAAGGGCAGGCUGAUCCAGCUGAGCCGGGAUGAAACCGCGGGACAUGUUCUCCUAACAGACUCGGAGCUCGGUCUGCAGGAGCCUAUGGUACCUGCCAAGCUGGGGACGCAGGCAGAGAAGGACCGGCGGCUGAAGAAGAAACACCAGCUGCUUGAAGAUGCCCGCAGAAAAGGAACGCCCUUUGCCCAGUGGGACGGCCCUACUGUGGUCUCCUGGCUGGAGCUCUGGGUGGGAAUGCCUGCCUGGUAUGUGGCAGCCUGCCGGGCCAACGUCAAGAGUGGUGCCAUCAUGUCGGCCCUGUCGGACACAGAGAUCCAGUGGGAGAUUGGCAUCAGCAAUGCCCUGCACCGGCUCAAGCUAUGGCUGGCCAUCCAGGAGAUGGUGUCGCUGACCAGCCCCUCCGCCCCGCCCACGUCCAGGACUACCUUGGGCUACGGGGACGUGAACCACGAGUGGAUUGGAAACGAGUGGCUGCCCAGCCUGGGGCUUCCCCAGUACCGCAGCUACUUCAUGGAGAGCCUGGUGGAUGCGCGCAUGCUGGGUCACCUGACCAGGAAGGACCUGCGAGUCCACCUGAAGAUGGUGGACAGCUUCCACCGACCCAGUCUUCAGUAUGGCAUCAUGUGUCUGAAGACGCUGAAUUAUGACCGGAAGGAGCUGGAGAAGAGGCGGGAGGAGAGCCAGCAUGAGAUCAAGGAUGUGCUGGUCUGGACCAACGACCAGGUGGUCCACUGGGUGCAGUCUAUUGGGCUGCGGGACUACGCAGGAAGCCUGCAUGAGAGCGGCGUGCAUGGUGCCCUGCUGGCCCUGAACGAGAACUUUGACCACAACACGCUGGCCCUGCUCCUCCAGAUCCCCACGCAGAACACCCAGGCACGCCAGGUGAUGGAGAGAGAGUUCAACAACCUCUUGGCCUUGGGCACAGACCGGAAGCUGGAUGUCGGCGAGGACAAGGUGUUCCGCCGCGCGCCCUCCUGGUGGAAACGCUUCCGGCCGCGGGAACCCCCAGGCGGCGAGACGCUCACCGCGGGCUUCCGCGUGUCCACGCUGGGGCUCCUGCAGCCCCCGCCCGCCCCGCCGAAGAAGGUGGUGCCCGAAGGAGCGAGAGGACGGCAGCCCAGGGUGGGUGUGACUCCACUCUUUCUCUUCGGGACUUGGCCUGGGCUGGACCACGACCUCCACCAGAGACCAGGACGCCAGGCCCAGGGCUGGGGAUGAUGGCCCUUCCAAGAAAAGGGCACUUCAGACUCUGCCUCGUUUGAGCUGUUUGGUCUUGUGGUCCCUGUCCACCUCUGGGCUGUGCCAGAUGGUCUGACAUUUGGUUUAGGCGUCCCAGCGUUAUUCCUCUGCAGCUCAUCUCCGCAACUGCAGCUCCUGCCUCCAACUGCAGCUCCUGCCACCAUAGGGGCUGGGAGGGGCUGCUGAAGGUCCGCUUCUCCCUCGGGAUGGUGCAGCUGGGGUGGAGAUUCCAGGCCCUGGCUUAAGCUGAAUCCAGACAUGAGUUUGGGAAGAAUCUGAGAUAAAUGGGCCCCUGAGUUUUGGUCCAAGUGUGAGGGUUGGGAAACUCUCAGCUGUCCUGCCUAGUGAGUGGUGCAGGCAGGCCAGCUGGAGGGAGAGCCAAUGGCCUGUGGUAGCCUUAAGCCCAAAGGGCAGUGGGAAUGCCUCCUGCCCCAGCUGUGGGUGGAGCUGCUGCUGGACUGGGGGCAGCGGGUUGUGUGGAUCUUGGCUCUGGGGCGGUGCCAACUCUGCUCCCAGCAUCUCUCCCCGUGGUUUCCCACUCUGCCCCACUUCUUUAGUAAUCCCAGCCCCAAAAGAAUAUACCUGAUGAGUGGAUUGAGUAUACAUUGACCUUAAAAUCAAGUUUGGGAAAAAGGUAGUCUGAGGCUUCCUUCCCCUGAUCUCCUGGGAAGAAAAUAAAGCUUCCUUUUCUGUGAGUUUCCAGCUUGAGGAAACCCAGUGUUGGUGACGGCUGUCACUCUCCUGCUUGUCCCCAGUCACCCACCCCUUGGCUCUCUUGGUGUGCAGAGACUGCCUCCUCCAGAAAUCCGUGAGACCCCGUGGCUCGCACCACUUCACUUGCUUCUCCAGCACCAUGGUGGCAACCAGGGCUGAGGGGUACAGGCCCUGCUUUGGUAGGAAUGUCAUUCCCAAGAAAUCCUUCCUCAUGCACUUCCUCAUCCUGCUGAGGUGCCUAGAAGUGUUUGGGACCCAAGUCCAGGGUGAGUUGAUGGAACCCAGGGCUUCAUCCAGGGGAGAGGAGAGGAGCACGUUUCCUGGAGAGUGUGGUGCUGUCCUGCAGGUGGCUGAGCAGCUGGUUUGCAACCCAGUCGACUUGGCUUCUGAGUGGGUGUGAGGCUGUCAGGUAGGUUAAUGGGUCAGAGCUUCCCGUCCAGGAGAGAUGGGGCUUGGGCGGUGCCGGGGCUCAGGGCCUCUUGCUCCUUUUCCUUGGAGGAGAGGUCCACCAGUCUGUCUCUUACCAGCUGUGCAGCUUCAGCCUGGUGAUUUCCUGUUCUGCAAAAUGGUGAUGAUAACGUCACCUGGGCUGGGUGGGCUCUCCUGGGCUUGGUCAAGGCAACCACUGCCCUUGCUCUCCCUGAUUGUUCCCUGCCCUCCGUGUCAGGCCGCUGCAAAUGGAGCUGCAGGAGUUCUCGAGCAGCAGAUGAGCUGGAGGGAGAGAAAGAGCCCCUGUCCCUGGAUGUGGAGGAUAAGAUUAUGUAGAAACCCUAGAUUCUUAAGAUUGGGGGAGUUGGGGACCACAAGGCCAUCUAACUCCUUCAGGGGACUCGCGAUGGGCUAGCUCAGUGGGAGACUCAGCCCGUCUUUCCUCUGCAACUUAAUCCCCAGUCAUGGCUGGUCAUGUCCUAAGGCAGCAGGGACGUGGGUCCAUUCAGGGCAUUUUGGGAUGUGAUGGAGAGGUGCAGGGAGGCGACGGAGAAGAGAAGCCUGUGCACACAGGGAUGGAAGGCUGUUGUUUGGUGUAUCCCUGGCCUCACAGUCAGUAUAUUUUCUAUAUUUGGAGAGUCACCAGUGAGCUGAGGCCCCCUCACCAGCCUUCUGUAUCUUGUCAGGUCCCUUCUCAGUACUGUACUGGCUCAGUACAUCAGGAAUGGGUCUGCAGGGGUGUGUGAGUGUGGGUGUGUACGUACCAAUAAACAACCUGCUUUUAAGACAAUGUA